UUUCAUUGGCAGAGAAAGACAGAGAUUAUUCAGCGCCGUGUUUAUCUGCAAGUAGCUCUCCGUUUGUUUUUUUACUUGCAUAGAAAACUCACAACUCGUUGAAAAUGUCUUUUAACAAAGGUCCUUCCUUCGGAUUAUCAGCGGAAAUCAGAAACAAGAUCGCACAGAAGUAUGACAUUCAGAAGGAGGAGGAUCUAAGGCUCUGGAUCGAGGAGCUCACGGGUGCUACCAUUGGCCCGGACUUCCAGAAAGGCCUCAAGAGUGGCAUCAUUUUGUGCAACCUUAUCAACCAUCUUGCCCCAGGCUCUGUGAAAAAGAUCAACCAGUCGACACUGAACUGGCAUCAGUUGGAGAACCUGACUAACUUCAGCAAAGCCACCACACAGUACGGUCUGAAGCCUCACGACACCUUCGAGGCCAACGACCUGUUUGAGAACGGAAACAUGACGCAGGUCCAGACAACACUGCUCGCGCUCGCUAGCAUGGCCAAGACCCUGGGCUACCACUCACGGGUGGACAUUGGGGUGAAGUACUCUGAAAAGCAGGAGAGGAUGUUUGACGAGAAGAUUAUGAAGGCUGGCCAGUGCGUCAUUGGCCUACAGAUGGGGACCAACAAGUGCGCCAGCCAGGCCGGUAUGAACGCGUAUGGCACCAGGAGGCACUUGUAUGACCCCAAAAUUAAAAUCCAGCCCCCCAUGGACAACACCACCAUCAGCCUGCAGAUGGGAACCAACAAGGGGGCGAGCCAGGCCGGGAUGACCGCUCCAGGGACGAGACGUGCCAUUUACGACCAGAAGAUGUGCACAAACAAGUGUGACAACAGCACCAUGUCUCUUCAGAUGGGCUACAGCCAGGGAGCCAACCAGAGUGGCCAGAACUUUGGCCUGGGUCGGCAGAUCUAUGACCCCAAGUACUGUCCUAAAGCUGCCGUGGUUGAAGAGGCUCAAAGCGGGGCUGGUGUCGCCCGUGACUAUAUCCCAGAUUUCCAAGAUGAGGGUUACCAAGGUUACCAGGAAGAAGAGCAGGUGGACCAAGAAGAGGGGACUGAUCAGUAGAAAGAAGGGAAAGGGACGUCUGUCUAAAGGAGGCAUGUUCUGCAGAAGGAAACUCUCAAAGCUCACAGGAUGUUGCAAUUCUUUUUUGGUCAUGUACUUUUUUAGUAUGAAAUUGUUUUACUUACCCCCUUUGUGCAAAACUGUGUUACACAUAUCAUGAUAAACUGUAGUUCUAUGAGUUUUGUAUUUAAAGUGACCACAAAAUAGCCAAUAUUUCUGGCUUUGCUAGUUUUUUAAUUGUGUUAUAUAUCCCAGGGAUUUUUGUAUUGAUGUGCCAAAGCCCCAGUAUUCUUUAUUUUCCUUACCUUCCCCCCCCAACCCUCUGUCAUUAGUUGCACAAAGGGAGAUGCCGAGGUCUUUGUAAGAAACAAAGUGACAUAUUGGAUUCUUUUUUUUUAAUAUAUAUUUUUAAGACCGUGCAUACGGUUUUGGUUAAAAUAAAAUAUACACUUUUAUUAAUCCCCAAGGGGAAAUUAGUUCUCUGCAUUGAACCCAUCCUUAGUUAUUAAGGAGCAGUGGGCUGCGAUGAAGCGCCCGGGAAGCAACUGGGGGUUCAGUGCCUUGCUCAAGGACACUUCGACUUGCAACUAAUGGGGAGAGCGGGGAUCGAACCCACAACCUUGCGGUUGCAGGAUGGCCCUCUUACCCCACUGAGCUACAGCUGCCCCAAAACACCCACGCUUGUGUUUAUCUGUAAUCGCUGUAUCAUCUGUUUUAACGACAUAAUUCCUGUGAAUUAUCAAAUGUGUUUGUUACUUCAGUAUCUUCAUCCCCUCAGUAUUGGUCAUUGACAUGAAGUAGUUAGUACUUUUGGUUCUUCAGACGGGGAACAAAAAUAUGUAUUUUUUUUUUUUUAACAGAAGAAAUAUUUUCUCUGUUUGCAUAACCUGUCCACUGGCAUAAAGCUUGUGGGGGAAGAGUUAAAAUAACACAAAGGCAGUUUUAAACAUUCCAACCAAAAAUACUGGAUUCUCUUGUGUCAGUAAAGUCUUACAUAUUGCUUGAUGUGCAAACCAGUCACACAAUUUUAUAUGUGAUUAUUUAUGCUUAUUUGGGGAUUUGAAUGGGGGUUGUUUUGUACCUUGACUCUGAAUAGCAUUUGCUAUUGGUCUUAUUCCUCUGGCAUAAUCCAGCCAGUUAAAGAAAAUGUUUUUUUGUGAAUUCGGUGUAAUAAAGAUGUGUAUUCAUCA